GCGUGGGGCGGACACGCUCCUGCCGGGAGGGGCCGGGCCCGGCUGCCUGGUUCGCCCCCUGCCGGGGUCCCCGAGCUCCCCGCGGCCGGAGAGGGGCUGCCCGGGGCUGCGGGGGGCGAGUGUCCCGGGCGGGGCGGAGCGGAGCAGCCCCUGCUGCGCGGCCGGUGCGACGGAGCCCGGGAGCUGCAGGAGGGGCCCGGAGCCCAGCUCGGCUGCAGAGCUCGGAGCCCCGGCUGGGCCCCGGGAGCGAGGGGCUGGGGGAGGCACUAGAAGAGUGUCUGGCCCCUCUGCGAAAAGAGAGAGAAAUAGACAAAGCCGAGGAGGAACGGCAAAGUGAGGAGCUGCUGGUAGGUGCCCCCUGCCCCUCAGGUUUGCCUGGGAUCACAGUGCCCUGAGUGACAUGGUGAAUGCAGGGCCCAUCCUGCCAGGAAACCGUCCCCAUUGGAGCCCAGGGAGCAUGCAGUGUCAGACAGAAACAGACGGAAGUCGAGAGGCAGAAGAUCGUCUGGGAGUGGAAGGAGCUGCAGGAGUUUCUGGAGGAGCAGGAGCAGCGGCUGCUGUCCCAGUUGGAAGAGCUAGAGAUAGCCAUUGUCCAGAGAAGGGAUGAGGGCCUCUGCAAACUUUCCGGGGAGAUUUCUGUGCUCAGUGAGAGAGGAGGAGAGAAGGGGCAGCAGCCACUGAGCCAAUCCCUGCAGACUCCAAAGGUGCCUGCCCUUCAGAGUGGGAGGUCUCCCCAGCCUUGGACACCCCACCUGACUGCAUCUCCUUUCUCUCCCUCUCAGGGUGCUGGAAGCACUGGGAGCAGCAGGGAGGCCGGGAAGUUUCAGAAGCCAGAGCCAGGGUUUGUGGUGCUGGAGAAGAGACUCUGCGAUUUCUCUCUGAAAAGUGCCGUCCUGCAAGACGUGCUGCUGGGAUUCAAAGAGACGCUGCGACUGGAGCUGGGGAACGACACAGGCUGCAGAACAGCAUCCACGUUCCACUCCAGAUGGGCCCAGCCUCCCAGGGGACGGGGAAGGGAAAUGGCUGCCGUGGAGCUGGCUCAGGGGCUGGUGACCUUUGAGGAGGUGGCUGUGUAUUUCACCAGGGAAGAGUGGGCUCUGCUGGACCCUGCUCAGAGAGACCUCUACUGGGAUGUCAUGCAAGAGAACUAUGAGAAGGUGACCACGCUGGGGUUACCAGUUUCCAAGCCUGAGGUGAUGUCCCAGCUGGAACGAGGGGAAGAGCUGUGGGUCUCAGAUCUCCAAAGCUCUGAGGAAAGAGAGAUCCUGAGAGGAACCUGCACAGGAGAUGGCGGGAUGGUGAGUGAGAACGGGGAGCAGAAUCCGCAGCAGGAAGAGACUGAGCAUGUGGAACCGCACUGGGAAGUAUCACAAAGAACGAAGGGGGACAUGUCCAGGAGCCCUGAGGAGGGGCAGCAGGGAAACCAGCCAGGGGAGAAAAUGGGCAAAUCCAUCAAUUGUGAGGAAAAUCACAAGGACCUCCAGGAAACCACAGCCCAGCAGAGAAUCCUCAUGGGAGAGAGGAAACACGUAUGCCCUGAGUGUGGAAGAAACUUCAGUAGACGCUCACACCUUAUUCACCAUGAGCGAAUCCACACAGGAGAGAGACCCUAUGAAUGCUGUGAGUGUGGGAAAAACUUCACUCGGCGCUCAGACCUUAUUAGACACCAGAAAACCCACACAGACGAGAGCCCCUAUGAAUGCUGUGAGUGUGGGAAAGCCUUCAUUUACUGCUCAGACCUGAGGAGACAUCAGAGGAUCCACAGGAGACAGAGACCCUAUGAAUGCUGGUUACCAGUUUCCAAGCCUGAGGUGAUGUCCCAGCUGGAACGAGGGGAAGAGCUGUGGGUCUCAGAUCUCCAGGGCUCUGAGGAAAGAGAGCUUCUGAGAGGAACCUGCACAGGAGAUGGCGGGAUGGUGAGUGAGAACGGGGAGCAGAAUCCGCAGCAAGAAGAGACUGAGCAUGUGGAACCGCACUGGGAAGUAUCACAAAGAACGAAGGGGGACGUGUCCAGGAGUCCUGAGGAGGGGCAGCAGGGAAACCAGCCAGGGGAGAAAAUGGGCAAAUCCAUCAGUUGUGAGGAAAAUCUCAAGGACCUCCAGGAAAAUCUCAAGGACCUCCAGGAAACCACAACCCAGCAGAGAAUCCUCAUGGGAGAGAGGAAACACGUAUGCCCUGAGUGUGGGAAAAACUUCAGUAGACGUUCACACCUUAUUCACCAUGAGCGAAUCCACACAGGAGAGAGACCCUAUGAAUGCUGUGAGUGUGGGAAAAACUUCACUCGGCGCUCAGACCUUAUUAGACACCAGAAAACCCACACAGACGAGAGCCCCUAUGAAUGUUGUGAGUGCGGGAAAAGCUUCAUUUACUGCUCAGACCUGAGGAGACAUCAGAGGAUCCACAGGAGACAGAGACCCUAUGAAUGCUGGUUACCAGUUUCCAAGCCUGAGGUGAUGUCCCAGCUGGAACGAGGGGAAGAGCUGUGGGUCUCAGAUCUCCAGGGCUCUGAGGAAAGAGAGAUCCUGAGAGGAACCUGUCCUGGAGAUGGCGGGAUGGUGAGUGAGAACGGGGAGCAGAAUCCGCAGCAAGAAGAGACUGAGCAUGUGGAACCGCACUGGGAAGUAUCACAAAGGACGAAGGGGGACGUGUCCAGGAGUCCUGAGGAGGGGCAGCAGGGAAACCAGCCAGGGGAGAAAAUGGGCAAAUCCAUCAAUUGCGAGGAAAAUCUCAAGGACCUCCAGGAAACCACAGCCCAGCAGAGAAUCCUCAUGGGAAAGAGGAAACACAUAUGCCGUGAGUGUGGGAAAAACUUCAGUAAACACUCAUACCUUAUUCACCAUGAGCGAAUCCACACAGGAGAGAGACCCUAUGAAUGCUGUGAGUGUGGGAAAAACUUCACUCGGCGCUCAGACCUUAUUAGACACCAGAAAACCCACACAUGCGAAAGCCCCUAUGAAUGCUGUGAGUGCGGGAAAAGCUUCAUUUACUGCUCAGACCUGAGGAGACAUCAGAAGAUCCACAGGAGACAGAGACCCUAUGAAUGCUGGUUACCAGUUUCCAAGCCUGAGGUGAUGUCCCAGCUGGAACGAGGGGAAGAGCUGUGGGUCUCAGAUCUCCAGGGCUCUGAGGAAAGAGAGCUUCUGAGAAGAACCUUCCCAGGAGAUGGUGGGAUGGUGAGUAAGAACGGGGAGCAGAAUCCGCAGCAGGAAGAGACUGAGCAUGUGGAACCGCACUGGGAAGUAUCACAAAGGACGAAGGGGGACGUGUCCAGGAGUCAUGAGGAGAGGCAGCAGGGAAACCAGCCAGGGGAGAAAAUGGGCAAAUCCAUCAAUUGUGAGGAAAAUCUCAAGGACCUCCAGGAAACCGCAGCCCAGCAGAGAAUCCUCAUGGGAAAGAGGAAACACAUAUGCCCUGAGUGUGGGAAAAACUUCAGAAGUCGCUCACACCUUAUUAACCAUGAGCGAAUCCACACAGGAGAGAGACCCUAUGAAUGCUGUGAGUGUGGGAAAAACUUCAUUCGACGCUCACACCUUAUUAGACACCAGAGGAUCCACACCGGUGAGCGACCCUAUGAAUGUUGUGAGUGCGAAAAAACCUUCAUUUACCGCUCAGACCUGAGGAGACAUCAGAGGAUCCAUACAGGACAGAGACCCUAUGAAUGCUGUGAGUGCGGGAAAAGCUUCCAUCAGGGGUCACACCUUAUUUAUCAUCAGAGAAUCCACCAGGGAAAUAAACACCAUAAAAUCCUUGUCUAGGGCUGGCAAAACAUAUAUUUUUUUCUUUAAUUUUUUUGGGUACUUCCCACACGUGGCCUUUAAGGUUGUUAGUGCCAUUUACAUCAUUGUGGUCUCAGCUCCCCCAGGUGAAUUGUCCGGUUCUGCUUUUUGCCGCUAGCCCUUCUUUGGGGGGAUCCCCAAAGCCCCUUUCUGCCAGCUGCUUCGUUCUAUGAGUCGUGGGAGUGUGAGUCCAUCUUACUAGGAAUGUGCAUCAGCCCCAGGUGGGGGGAACACGAAUGACCUCAGUUAGCUGCAUUGUGGUAAAAUCUACCUGGGCCUUGGCUCCAUUAGCAUUUUUUGCAGUUAGCCAGCUCGAGGGAACUAUCCGGAUGGAAAAUCACAACUCUGUUUUCUGUACUGACAUGGCCCAAGUACAAUAGUCUGGGUAGCUAGCACUUUUUCCCUCGACUUGUCCUAACCUCCUCCACUUUUCCUAGUCUAGACAAACCAUUAUCAUGAUGCUAAAACUUUUGUAAAUAACACAACUCAAUAAUAAUGAGAGAGCGCUGAGUGAAGCAGGUUUCAAUGGAUCAGAGGAGAAUGCAGUGGGAAAAUCUGUGGUUCUCAUUCUGAGUCAUCAGAUGUAACCUGCUGUAGAAUCUCAUUCCAUCUGAAACUGAAAAUGUUUUAUACCUCUGUGAGCAGGGUCGGAUUUCCAACUAGGCACAGCGGGCAGGUUGCCAAGUAUGCAAUUUUCUAGCCCAAUGGGUGAUUUUUAGCUGUCAGUUGCCAGGGAUUUUAGCAGUUGCAAGUUGCAGUAUUUUGGGCUGUUUUGGUGCCCUGCUGCCACUGGCCACACUGCUCAGGAGGGAGGAGCCUCCUGAUCUGUCCCGUCCCUUGCCGAGAUGCCCCACACUCCGCUUGUCUCACGUCGUGCCCCCCCCCUUCGGUGACAUUUGCAGCAUGUGUAGAAUUCUUGUCCGAGGGAGGCAGAAUUUUUUUUUCUGCAAAAAUAUGCUGCAGUUCUGUCUUUUGCCCACCAGAGGCCACUGUGGUACCGGAACAGCCUGAGCUGGCUGAGGCUCACUGGUCCGGCGGGCAGCGGCUGGCAGGCGGGUGGCGGGGGCAUUUCUUCCUCAAGUGAAAAGUUGCAGCAGCCGCCUUGGAGCCAGGUCAGGCGGCAGAGCAGGCCACACAGCGCUGCUGGGCGGGGGAGGGCACAGGGCCACAUGGGGAGGCAGGGGGGCCGCUGAAGAUGCUGUGCCUAGGAGCACAUAAGGUGUAAAUCCGGCCCUGAUUCUUCUCUCUUUCCUGAAGGCUGUUUGGUCCCACAACUGGAUGUUACUUUUCUGUGGCAGAAUGUAGUUCAGAUUUAUUGGGCACUUGGAGGCAAAUGACCAGUUGCUUCAAUAGUCAUUUCUUCCUUUACUUUUCCUUUUCCUCCACCCCUCCAUGAUGACAUGGGGGAAAGUUCAAACGCAGCUCUGUCAGCUGGAGAGAAUGCCCCAGUUCUGGGAUACGCUACCAAGGAAACAGGAGUGGUUUUAAAUCUGCAGUGGUAAGCAACAGCACACCCCAAACUCUGCAACUAACUGAAGUAACUAGGUAUAAUCGCAGUGUUGGUCAAUUAUUUAAGUCAGUAUUCGCUCCGAUAACGCAGGGAGAGCGCGUCACAGGAAGUGAUUUGGAACUCGGCAAAAUGCCCAUGUAUUUAGUUCCCAACACAGUUGUGACCCAGCUCCUACAGGAAGUUACUCCUGGAGAUAUCUCCUAGCUAAUCCUAAAUACUGCCGUUAGCUAUGCAGAUGUGGGGGAAACAGAGUUAGUGUUUAUGUUGAAUUCACCCUUUGUAAUGCUGCAAAUGUGUAUAAAAUAAAAUCAAUGUUCAAUGUGA